AGUGCUUGCUCCCCGGCAAGGAGGAAGCAAUUUAGCUGAGGGGAUCUGAGCGUCAGAGCCAAGACGCUGGGCAGGAGCUCAGUUCCCAGGAUCAAGGGGGAGGAAGGAGUGUGGGGACCUGGGAAGCGUUGGCUCUCCCUGGGCAGGAUGGAGAAGGACGGGGCACACAUGGUGCAGAGAGCAAAGGGCUGUCCUAAGUCCAACAGCAGGCAGUGCCCGAAGAGGAAGGCAAGCCAGCAGAUGCCGUAGGAAGGGCAAGAGCUUCAGAAAAGCUGUCAGCACCGGGGAGCAGCUGAACACUCCCUACUGUCCCAGCUCGACAGGAGGGGAAGAUGCCUUUGCUCUCUUCCAGAGAGCUGAUUGGAAAAGGAUUUGACCACGCCUGGUGGGAUCUCUGGCCACUUUCCUGAGAGGAGGAGACUGUUGCUGGGGUCUCGCCUGCAAGGACUUGGGCUCCCCAGCAGUGAGGGAGGCAGAUAGGUCUCCCCCGACACACACCUCUCCUCUGUCCAGAUAAGGUAGCCCCAUGACAGGGAGUGCUUGCCACAGAGCAGCCUCAGUGAGUAAGGGCAGGAGGGUGGAUGAUGGCAGCUGAGUUUAGAGACCCCUGUGGAUCCGAGGAGGAGGAAGCAGUGGAUCCCAGAGAAGAGAGCUUGGGGACAAUGGGAAGGGGCCUGGAUCUACCAAUGCCAGGAAAGGUGCGGAAACACCAGCACAAACACAGCGUGAAGCACAGAUACGAGGUCCUGGGGACCCUGGGGAGAGGCACCUACGGCAAAGUGAAGCAAGCCACCGAGAGAGGAACAAACAGGACGGUUGCCAUCAAGUCGAUCAGGAAAGACAAAAUCACAGAUGAGCUGGACCAAGUGCAUCUCCAGCGUGAGAUUGAAAUCCUGGCUCUGCUCAAGCACCCCAACAUUGUCCAGGUUUUUGAAGUCUUUGAGAACCGAGAUAAACUCAUCCUCGUCAUGGAGUACGCCAGUAACGGAGAACUCUAUGACUACAUCAACAACCGGGGCCAGAUUUCGGAGAACGAGGCUCGAGGCUUCUUCCGCCAGAUUGUUUCAGCUGUUCACUAUUGCCAUAAGAAAGGUGUUGUUCACCGUGAUCUCAAACUAGAGAAUAUCCUUCUGGAUGAGAAGCUCAAUGUGAAGCUGGCAGAUUUUGGACUUUCCAACAAGUAUAGCCAGUACCAGGUGAUGGAGACAUACUGUGGAAGUCCCCUCUAUGCAUCUCCAGAGAUUGUGAAGGGGCUCCCCUAUCAAGGACCCGAGGUGGACUGUUGGGCACUGGGAGUUCUGCUGUAUGCUCUUGUGUACGGCAGCAUGCCUUUUGACAGCAACAACUACAAGGUACUGACAGAGCAGAUUGGCAGGGGAGACUACAGGAAACCUCCGCAUGUUUCGGGGGCUUGUGGCCUGAUCGACUGGUUGCUGACCGUGCAAGCUAAAGGCAGAGCAACCAUUGAAAAUGUGGCCAACCACUGGUGGGUGAAUUGGGGCUAUGGCUUGGUGGUGUGUGACUGCGAGCCCUCCCCAGAAUGCCAGUCUCCGCUGUUGGCCCGCUAUAUCGACGGGCAGAACAGCUUCCCUGAGGGCAAUUUCAGCCCAGGACUGAUCUCUGGGCAAGGAAAUCCUGGGGGUAACCACAAGGCCUGCCUGAGGAAGUCCAAGAAGGAGAAUGAUAUCCAGCGGCCCCAACAGGACCCAGCCUCUCAGGGCCCCGGCAGAAAGCCCAAGGGCAUUCUCAAAAAGAGAAGGAGUAGUUUGGACAGCACCUUCUUCCCCAGUCCCUCCUCAUCCCCCAACCUCGCUGAGUCUGAGGACGGAGUUCAUCCGGGAUUUCACCUCCUGGUGGCUCCUCACCUCAGCCAACCUGAAACCCACUUGGAGCCCACUAAGAUGCCCAAGAAAGGAAUCUUGAAACAGUUCUUUCAGAGGGAAUCUGGCUACUCUUCAUCUCCUGAGAGAGGGGCUGCCUCAGGGGGCCCAGGAAGGGAAAGCUAUACCUCAGGCCACGCAGCCAGGUCAGAAAGAGGGGUCCAGAGGCAGAAAGGGAUCCUGAAGCAGAAUGGAAGAUUUUCAGCAAGUUUGGACCUGCCGCUAGACUGCUCCUCCUUGAGACUCUCUGACUCCAUGGAGGCCCUAAUUCUUGCAGGAGAUGGGCAGUCCAGCCACCCAAGCCGACCUCCGAGUGUCAUCAGCGAUGACAGCUUCCUCUCUGGUGACUCCUUCGACUUCACAGAUGUGGCCACUGGGCCCAAGGGCUCUUUCCUGACCACCAUGAGUGGCCAGGCCCUGGGCUUGAGCUCUGCUCCCAAAGAGGACCUCCACAGCCCAGAUACCAUUGGCCAUAAGGCUCCUUCACGCCGAGGACCCCUGGAAAACCUAUUUUUAGAGAGGCUCAGUGGUGCCCAGAGUGGCAGCUGACUUCCACUGCCUGCUCCGUGCCUCCUGGGAAAGGCACUGACCAGUGCCCCAACCAGUUACAUAGCAUCUCUCCUGGUGCCUGAAAAUACUCCUCUGUUUUCCUAAUUCAGAGUUACUGAGUGAGGUCAUUAAGAUUGUGGUGAUCGUGUGGAGAAGAUACCUGCAGGAGUCAGACAGAGAGCUUCUGAACAAAUGGAAAGGGGGUUGACUAUUUUGGAGGCUUCAUGUCUUGCAUUCCACUGGUGUGGCUCACUGAGUGUUUCUCAAACACCAUCUGAGUAGGAAGACCUUCCUUAUGGAGGUUUAAUUACCGCCCAGGAGAGUGGUGUUCUCCUCACAGCCAUCUUUAUAUUGAGGUUUGCCUAAAGGCCAUUACUGCAGGCUGUCCUGUUCAGAAUAAAAUCAAGCCUCUGAGUGCCUGGGUGAAAACUACCCACUGGGAACUCAUUUAGCACACAGUACCCAGCUCAUUAAAAUCUGAAUGGAACUCUGAUUGUUCCAGUCACUUGGCCAAAGAUUUCCCCAUCAGAGUAAAGCAGUUUAUUAUUAGGGACAGUCUUGGGUGACAUCCAGCCUCUGCCUGAGCCCAGAAAACCCAGAAUCAAACAGGGCAGGACCAGCCCAUUUCUUUGGGUCAUUAGUAAGUCUGGGUUUCUACAGUCUUUAUGUGUGAGGACUUCAAGGUGCUUCACAAAAAUCUUAUUUAACCUUUAUCCUGUGAGAUAGGCCUGCCUCCAGCACAGUCUCUAGUCCAUAUGCUGCCCAGACCAUAUACCCAAAGCAUCAUUUUUUGCCCAUCUCCCCAUGCCUCGAAUACCGGCAAUUCCUCUCCACAUCAAGCAGCAACUCCUGAUUGAUUGCUCCAAGGCAAUCAAUCAGCUCUCCCCCUACUUAAACCCCACUCCUCUCACGACUAGCUCCUUUCAAGCCAAUCUAUUCACUGUGCCUUUUUCCUCAUUCUCAUUUCUCUUGCCACUUAUCACUUGUUCACACCCUCUCUUU